AUGGCGACCUCCUACAAGCGAACUUCCGUGAAACAUUUUCCACAAAUCGGGGAGAAAAUCACGAGGGAUGCUGUGUAUUGGAAGAAUUUAGAGUUCCCCGUGAUUAAGAAGGAAUAUGGAGCCGUUACAAAUAUUGACUUUUCACCAGUAGAGCCAUACAACUUUGCAGUAACAAACUCCUCAAGGGUCCAGAUUUAUAACUGUCGAUCCAAUCAGGCAGAGAAAACAAUUUCUAAAUUCCGCCAGGUGGCGUAUUGUGGUAGUUUCCGUAGUGAUGGACUCCUCGUUGCUGCAGGGGGUGAUGAAGGGAUGGUCAAAUUAUUUGAUGUCGCAGGGAAAUCUCUUUUGAGGACGUUCAGAGGACAUUCAGGGCCUGUCCACGUCAGCAAAUUCCUCACUGGAAAUCUACAAAUUCUCUCUGGUAGCGAUGAUAAGACAGUGAAAUUAUGGGAUAUACCCAGUGAGAGUGAGGUGAUGUCAUACAACGAGCAUACAGAUUAUAUAAGAUGCGGAGCAGUUAGCCAGCGUAGCAAAAAUAUUGUUCUGACAGGGGCAUAUGACCAUACAGUGAGGCUAUUUGAUACAAGAACAGACAGUAGUGUUCUCACAAUAGACCAUGGGGCACCAGUUGAGAGUGUUCUGAUGUUUCCUUCUGGAGGACUCUUCAUCUCUGCGGGUGGCACUGUGGUCAAGGUGUGGGAUGUACUAGCGGGCGGGAGACUUGUAGCCAAUCUGAGCAACCAUCACAAGACAGUGACGUGUAUGUGCUUUGGGAGUAACCACCAGAGAUUGUUCACUGGAUCCUUAGACAGACAUGUAAAGAUAUAUGAUAUUGCGUCCUACCAAGUGGUUCACUCGAUGGAUUACCCUGAUGCCAUCCUGAGUGUGGGGGUAGAGCCUAAUGACAAAUUGAUCGCAGUUGGAAUGACAAGUGGCCUUCUCUCGAUUCAACACAGGAAGCCUGAUACUGCAGAAAAAGUCAAGAAGCAUAAAAAGUCUUACAGUUACAUUGUUAAGAAUAAGACAUAUAUCCCUACAGCGGAUGCGCACAAAGUGGAGCAUAAACGGAGAGAGAAACUUGAACCAUACGACAAGCACUUUAAGAAGUUUAAUUAUUCUAAAGCACUGGAUGCAGCAAUCGAUAUUCGUGUUCGCAGUAAAACUCCCGAGGUCACGAUUAGUGUAAUCCAAGAACUAAUUAGGCGUGGUGGAAUCAAACCAGCUCUGGCUGGACGAGAUGAAAAAUCAAUCUGUAGAAUUAUAAAGUUUAUACAAAAAUUCAUCUGCAAAUCACAGUUCACCCCUGUUUUAAUAGAUGUCUCCACUAUGGUCCUUGAACUUUACACAGACCGGCUAGGCAGCAGUGUGGAGCUACAACAAGCUUUACAAAGACUGAAAGAAACUGUUGAAAUGGAAAUGUCUUACAUGAAAGAACUCAUAGAGACAAUGGGAACUUUAGAGACAUUAUUUGCAGCUGCUUCUUCUCCUUUAGAAACCCCAACUAACACGGACAAUACCUCAAUAGAUAACCUCCACAAGACAAUGUCAAAUUCACUAUCUGUGAAAUAUGAAACAAGCUGAAAAUGGCUGUUGGAGUGGUGUAUAUGUUAUCAAGUGUAUUACUAAGAGGAGAAUCAAUCCCAUUCUAAGAGGGGGAAUAAACCCCUUUUUAAAAGGGGAGGCAAUCCCCUCAUAAGAGGGAGUCAAUCCUCUUUCUAUGAGGGAGAUUCAGUCAUUUCCCAUAAAAUAUAAUAAUAAUAAUAUAAUUGAUAAAUGCUGAAUAAAAUCAAGAGA